UUGAGGUUUAGUGCAGAACCUCCUUUUAAUAAAAAAUAAUCAUUUAUUAUUUUUUUGUGUCUAUCGUAAGCUGAUAAAUGCGCAUAUGCCGGAAACAUUUUAUAUAAAUUAAUAAAAUUUUUUUUUUUAAUUUAAAAUAAGAUUUUAAAAUGUUAUCAAGAAAUAUUUGUAAUACAUCAAAUCGUAUAAGAAAAUUUAGUAACUAUGUUAAAAUUGUUGAAGUAGGUCCAAGAGAUGGGUUACAGAAUGAAAAAAAAAUAUUACCUAGUUCAAUUAAAAUCGAAUUAAUAAAUAGAUUAUCAAAAAGUGGAUUAAAAACUAUCGAAGUAACAAGUUUUGUGUCACCUAAAUGGAUACCACAGAUGCAGGAUAAUACAACAGUAUUUAAAAAUAUAUAUAAAGAAGCUGGCGUUAGCUAUCCAGUUUUAAUUCCAAAUUUAGAAGGACUAAAACGUGCUCUUGAAGUUGAUGUACAAGAGAUUGCAAUUUUUGGUGCAGCUUCGGAAUCUUUUUCUCAUAAAAAUAUAAAUUGUUCAAUUGAUGAAAGUAUUAAUCGAUUUAAAGAAGUAAUUAUUGAAGCACAAAAACAUAAACUUAAAGUACGUGGGUAUAUUUCGUGUAUUGUGGGAUGUCCAUAUGAAGGAAAUAUUAAAGCAUCUGCUGUUGCAAAGAUUGCUGAUAAAAUGUUAGAACUUGGUUGUUAUGAAAUAUCACUUGGUGAUACUAUUGGAAUAGGUACUCCUAAAAAAAUAAUAACUGUAUUAAAUGAAAUAAAACAUCUUUCAAUUAUGGGUAAUUUAAAAGAAUUUGCCGUUCAUUGCCAUGAUACUUAUGGACAAGCUUUAGUAAAUAUUUAUACAAGUCUGGAAUAUGGGAUAAGAGUUUUUGAUUCAUCAGUAGCUGGACUUGGAGGAUGCCCUUAUGCUGCUGGUGCUUCAGGAAAUGUUGCUACUGAAGAUCUACUUUAUUUACUUAAAGAACAAGGAUUUAAUACAGAUAUUAAUUUAAAUGAAAUUAUUAAAAUUGGUGAUUGGAUAAGUAGUAAAUUGGGAAGAAGCAAUCAUUCAAAAGUUGGAGUUGCAAGUAUUGCAUCAAAAAAAUUAACAUAACU